GGUCGGAAGACUAAUUCUGUGAUGCAUUUUUCCUGUCAUGCUGAAUGCUUAUAAAACUACUGCUGCAUAUUAAAGUUGAUCAUAUUAGGAGGUACAUCUUUAGCCUGACAAGGAUGGAAAGCUGUUUGAGAAUGAUUUGUCUCUGCAUUGCCACCGGGCUGCUCUUUGCCACAUUGGGGAGAGCAGGCAUACCCACACCAUGCUGUCAGGAGACCACCAAUACAGUUCUGCGCCAGUCCAAUAUUGUAGGCUACCACAGGCAGGGAGGUGUAGUCUGCCCAGUUGAGGCUGUUGUGUUCACCACAGUGAAAGGUAUCAGAGUGUGUUCCAGCCCUAAGAAGCACUGGGUGAAAAAAGCACUGAGGUACAUUGACUUGAAGAAACAACAGGCUACAACACAGGCUUCAACAGUGACUACAGAGGUUCUGUCCACCAAUGGCACAGAGCCAACAAGGAAUGCCACAGCAAUGCCAUAGCUAUGUGCAGGAGAAGAGACUCACUGCUCAUGAAUAUACAACAUAAUUCAGAUGUACACUAUGUAACAGCGCUUUGUGAAAGUACUGCUUAAAAUAACAUAUCAUUUAUCAUUUGCGACAAUUAUACGAUUUUGCCUGCAAACAAGUUUAGAUCCCGUAGUUUGUUUUGUGUCCUUGGGAAAAGCUUUGUAUACUGUUCAGAUGUGUUACUCUUCUUCGAGUAAAUUAAUUACUGGGGUUUCCUAAAAUAUGCACCUUGGGGUAGCCUAGAAAUCUAGACGCGCCCCUAGCAACUCUCCGUUGGCUUGU